CCAUGCACGACCGUUUCUCUCCCCAACCGUGGAUUUCCUAUUACUCUCGUUACGACUCACUGAGCCCCAGGCCCAAGGAUAAUGAUGUGUUGUUUCUUGGUAGCAUAAUUUGUCACACGUAUAUUUCUUCUUCUUCUUCUCUUGCAGAAAGCACAGCUCCCUCUCACACACUCACACACUUCUUGCUAAUUCAAGAGAACAAAUGAUCAACGACAACAAAUAAAAUGCAAAAUACUGUCUACAUGAGUUCAAAUCUAUGAUAAAUUUGAGGGAUCGACUAUAGCCUUUAAAAAGGAGAGGAUUAAUUAAAAAGAAAGAACAAAGGGAAGUGAAGUCAGAAUCUUGAGGACCCGAAGCUUACUUUUGUCAAGCUCUUAAGUCAGGUGGUGUUAACUGCUAAGGAAGUCAUGUCCAGAUCGGGUGAUAGAACAUCCACCUUUGACCCAACUCACAGUGAUACUCUGCUGCACGGACUUAACCUCCUGUGGAGGAAGCAGCUCUUCUGCGAUGUGACGCUGACUGCCCAGGGGCAGCAGUUCCACUGCCACAAAGCAGUGCUGGCCUCCUGCUCUCAGUACUUUAGAUCUCUCUUCUCCAGUCAUCCACUAAACAAUGAGGGGAUUUCUAGCAAGGACCAAGGAAGCAGCGGUACCCCUGCCUCAUCUCCUGAUGAGAAGCUUUUGGCAAGCCCCAGAUCCAUUAAUAACCUGGUGCUUCAGGGCUGCUCCUCCAUUGGACUGAGGCUAGUGCUUGAGUACUUAUACACCGCCAACGUGACCCUCUCCCUCGACACUGUGGAAGAGGUUCUCUCUGUAAGUAAGAUCCUCAACAUUCCUCAGAUCACCAAGCUCAGCGUUCAGUUCCUUAACGACCAGAUCUCCGUGCAGAACUACAAACAAAUUUGCAAGAUCGCAGCGCUGCACGGAUUAGACGAAACCAAGAAGCUAGCUAACAAAUAUCUGGUGGAGGACGUUCUGCUGCUGAACUUUGAAGAGAUGUGCGCCAUGUUGGACGCGCUGCCACCCCCGGUGGAAUCGGAGUUGGCACUCUUCCAGAUGUCGGUACUUUGGCUGGAGCAUGACAGGGAAACUCGGAUGCAUUAUGCCCCGGACCUGAUGAAGAGGCUGCGUUUUGCGCUUAUACCUGCCCCAGAGCUGGUGGAGAGGGUACAGUCAGUUGACUUCAUGAGGAGUGACCCUGUGUGCCAGAAGUUGCUUUUGGAUGCCAUGAACUACCACCUGAUGCCCUUCAGACAACACUGCCGGCAGAGCGUGGCCAGCAGAAUUCGUUCCAAUAAAAGAAUGUUGUUGCUGGUUGGUGGCCUGCCCCCUGGACCUGAUCGCCUUCCAAGUAAUUUGGUGCAAUACUAUGACGAUGAAAAGAAGACAUGGAAGAUCCUUACAAUAAUGCCAUAUAACAGCGCUCAUCACUGUGUUGUUGAAGUGGAAAAUUUCCUGUUAUUGAUUGGUGGAGAGGACCAGUGGAACCCUAAUGGCAAGCACAGCACAAACUUUGUGAGCCGUUAUGAUCCAAGAUUCAACAGUUGGAUACAACUUCCACCAAUGCAAGAAAGGAGAGCCAGUUUCUUUGCCUGUUGCUUGGACAAGCACCUGUAUGUGAUUGGAGGAAGGAAUGAGACUGGAUAUUUGUCCAGUGUGGAGUCUUACAAUCUGGAGACCAAUGAAUGGAACUAUGUGUCAUCUUUGCCCCAGCCCCUAGCUGCACAUGCAGGAGCUGUGCACAAUGGGAAAAUAUACAUUUCAGGGGGAGUACACAAUGGAGAAUAUGUGUCCUGGCUCUACUGCUACGACCCGAUGAUGGAUGUGUGGGCCAGGAAACAGGACAUGAACACAAAACGUGCCAUCCAUGUUCUCGCAGGAAUGAAUGAUCGUCUUUAUGCUAUUGGUGGAAACCAUUUGAAAGGUUUUUCCCACCUUGAUGUAAUGCUGGUGGAAUGCUAUGACCCCAAAGGAGACCACUGGAACAUCCUUCAUACCCCCAUUCUAGAGGGCCGGAGUGGGCCGGGAUGCGCUGUGCUUGAUGACAAUAUUUUUCUGGUCGGCGGCUACAGUUGGAGCAUGGGAGCGUACAAAUCAUCCACCAUCUGUUACAGCCCGGAGAAGGGAACAUGGACUGAAUUGGAGGGAGAUGUUGCAGAGCCUCUGGCUGGACCCGCCUGUGCUACUGUCAUACUGCCAGCCUGUCUGCCAUUUAACAAAUAAUGACGGAGCACCGUGGCAACAUUUUAUGUUUUCUGCUGAAUCACAGAUCUUUAGUCGAUUAUCAAGAAGUAAACAAUUAUUUUUUUAAGUUUCAAACAAAGAGCUUUGGCUGUUUAAGAUUUAAAAAUGAUUUGCACCAUCAUGUAUUUUGAAAAAUGUGAAAUGGCCAUUUGUUACCGCUGUUCCCUAUAUGUGAAUUACAUUCAUCAGUUAAAUGGCCUUAAACAGUUGUCAUGCAUUUUUACUGGAUUACAGCAGUUUCCCCAAUCCAUUUGUUAUGUCAUUUCAAGAUGUUUAAAGUAUUGUAGAUCCCAGGUACUACUUUUUCCAACUUUGCUGUUGACACCUUGUGUAAAUCAUUUACACUGUCAGCUGGCCUCUGUGAAAAUCAGGAUUAACAUUACAUCAUUGAAAAAAGCAGUUCACCUUCUGUCUGCAUAUGAAGUAUUAUUUCAGACAAGCUGCAGUUACUGCAGAAAAAAAGAUUUAAAAAAGAUUAAUGUUGCUGUUCACAAAGGCAAAACUAAAAAGCACUUAAACAGAAAACAGCAUUAUCACUGAAAUUUACUAAAACUGCUCUUUGUCAGCAAUGUAUGUAAAUUAUAAAAUGUAAAUAGAAUGUGAUCAGCUGAGUAUUCCUGUUGUUUUGAUGAAAUGUUAGUCUUUCUAUGCGCUUAUUUUACACAUUCUGAACAUUGAUUUGAGAUUUGGAGCCCUGGUCAGGGAGGGCGAGGUACAAAGUUUUCAUACAUUACUAUAUUACCGGGAACAAUGCUUGGAUGGCUGAAUUGGAAAGUUGUCAUUAUGGUAGUAAUAUUUGUCAUAAUUCCCACAUGCAGCCCAGAUGGCUCACUGGUUCACAGCUUCUUUACUGAUUCUGUGGCAUGGAUCAUCUUAAUGUACAUAUUAAUCUUUAUGAAAAUUAGGAAGUGAUAAUAUAUCAUGUUGAACUGGCACUUUGCGUCAGAGGCUGGUUUCUUUCAGUUUAGUAAAAAUGUACAGUGUUUCAAGAGCCUGUUUUGGUUUUAUUUUCAGUUUGUUUUUUCCCCAUUGGACUCUAAAAGGAAAUUUUAAACACUUCCUUUUUAUAGUGAUUUACAAAUCAAACGGCUAUAUUUUCAGAGAUCGGUUGUCUGAGAAUUAUCUGUAAGUGCAUAGAGAAAUGAUAUUAAUUUGUCUUGCCUACAUCUGUAUGUUAUGAUGAGAAUGGCAUAGUUGUUAAGGUUGAAAUUACCUGGAGGUUGCAUGUUGCAUUCCAGGUAGGAUGCAACUGAUGUACCUUUCACAACCUGAAUCAGAGGUCAUUGUUCUCUCUAGGGCAGCCUAUAAAAAUUCCUUCUUCCAGAUAGGACUUCAAAAGUCAUAGUUAUUUUAAAUCCAAAGAACCAUAGCAGAGUCCAAUCUACAAGUCUGGCUGAUCGUACAAACCAAUAAAGUAAAUAUUAGAUUCUCUUAUUUUCCAAUUGAGAGAUACAGUGUGUUGGUAAAUACCAUAGCAGAGCAGUGGGUCAAGUGAUACAGAUAUCACUUGAAAAUAUAAAUCUGAAAAAAGCAGUACUCAGACCUCUUAGCCCAAAUAUAGAUAUGCCUUUUGCCAAGCGCUUAAUAUUUGCAACCAAAAGUAUUUAUCAAAAUUAUAAGUUACAAGACAGUAUUUGAGCAAAACUAGGUCCUAUUCCAAAACAAUACAAAACAGCCUUGCCCAAAUUGUUUCUUAUUUUCUGGGCCUGAAUCUGUCCCUGGCCCUGUCUGUGACAAAAAUGGUUGCCAGCUGUUCAGUAUUGUGACCAAAAUUGUGUUUUUGUAUUUUUGGGCUUUGCUGCAGUUGUACAUAAUUCAUAAUGAACUAAAUUGCCUCAAAUGUGAAAUAUUACUCCUCCCCAGGUCAGCAAAUUCAUCAGCAGCCCCCACGUGUCGCCCAAACAAAGUCGAAUCUGGUAACCUUAAAGUAUGACAUUGGGGUGUUCCCUGUAUUUUGGAACAUUGGCAACCAAAGUGACAUCUGUGGGAGAGGCAACUCCUGUAGACAUGUGGGAGCACAGCAUAUGUUGACAUUAAUCUUUGACUUUCUGCCACAGUGUGAACCACUGCAAUAUCUGAUCAGAAACAAUGAUUUAUAGAUGCUUUAUAGAAAUCUUUAGUAUAAUGAUAACAUAUUUUACAUACUUAAAGGUCUAGGGGUUCAACAGCAUGUGCUGAAGUUGCCACCUUUAUACCAUUUUAAAAAGAAAUAUUCAGGGCAGUCAGGAAAAAAAAUCAAUUAUAACAGAAAUGUUUUGGAAUAGUUCUUAUUAAUUUGUGAUGGUGCCUAUUGUGUGGAUCACACUUGUACCUGUUUUCUUGUAACAUUUGAUUUUGACAUUAGUACUUUUAAAGCUGUAUCCUUUAAGUAUUUUUGUUUGAAAUGGCUCAUUCAAGAUGUACAUAGUUUGUAUUUUGGUACAUGGGGCAUCGAGUCAAGUUAAUAACUUGGAAUUUUGUACGCUGAAAAACAUUUUUGUUGAGAUGUCAUGUCCUUUUGUACGUAUUGUAUCACCCUAAUAUGCAUGUUAUUAAUGCUAACUAACCCAAACCCUACAACCAUACACAAAUGGAAGCAGACAUUGGGGAAAAAUGUGUAAUUUGAAAUAAAAACAGAUCAAUUGCAAUUAAAUAAAACUUACAACAAGU